AUGUCCAGAAGAUACGAUUCAAGAACGACUAUCUUCUCCCCAGAAGGACGUCUCUACCAAGUCGAAUAUGCUCUCGAGGCAAUCUCUCAUGCAGGAACAGCAUUGGGAAUAUUAGCAAAGGAUGGAAUCGUAUUAGCAGCAGAAAGAAAGGUUACUAGCAAGUUAUUGGAGCAAGAUACUUCAGCUGAGAAGCUUUACAUCUUGAACGACAAUAUGAUCUGCGCAGUUGCAGGUAUGACAGCUGAUGCCAACAUCCUCAUCAAUUACGCCCGCCAAGCUGCUCAACGAUAUCUCCUUACCUACAACGAAGAUAUCCCUUGCGAACAACUUGUACGUCGACUAUGUGAUUUGAAACAAGGUUAUACUCAGCAUGGUGGUCUUCGUCCCUUCGGUGUUUCAUUCAUCUAUGCAGGUUACGACCCACAGAGAGAGUUCCAAUUAUACCAGAGCAAUCCUAGUGGUAACUAUGGAGGAUGGAAGGCUACAAGUGUUGGUGCAAAUAACGCUAGUGCUCAAAGUCUGUUGAAGCAGGACUACAAGGAGGACUGUGAUUUGAAGGAGGCUUGUGGAAUGGCGGUCAAGGUUUUGAGCAAGACUAUGGAUUCUACAAAGUUGAGCAGUGAGAAGAUUGAGUUUGCGACAGUAGGAAAGAACAAGGAUGGCACCAUUUACCAUCACCUCUGGGGUGCUGAUGAGAUUACGACAUUAUUGAAGGAACAUGAUUUAGCUAAGGAUGAGACUGGACCAGAUGGAGAUCGAAUAAUCAGUUAG